UGGUUGGCGGAUCGUAUAAAUGAAUGAAAUAAACAAAAAAAGAUGUGCAACUAAAAAGGAAGGUGUUAAACUGAAAUUAAAUAUAUAGUAUUAUUUAUUUUUAAACAAAAAACAACAACAACACAAUAUCAAGUUUAAAUAAACAAUUCCCAAAUAUAUAUUAUAGUGAUAAUCAUCAAAUGCUGGUUGUGAUGACUGACUGCUACUGUUGUUCUGGUGAUGAUAAAUUUUAACCGAGAUAUUUGUUCGUUGGCAUUAUUAGCUUUUUUUUAGUUUUGCUUUUUAUUUGUUUUUGUGAUUUCUAUAGAAUUUGUACAAUUUGAAAAUGUAUUCAGUACGGGGACAUCGAUCGUUGUGCAUAAACAUUUUAACAACAACGUUACGUGUUAAAUUUUUAAGUUUUUUUUAAAAUAAAUUUUCUUAAAUUUUAUUUUUUGUUUUUUCAAAAUUUUUCUGGAUUUUUUUAAAGAAACGUUUUCGGGUAGUUUUAGUGAUUGUUUUGAUGAUAAUAUGGCCAAAUUGUUGACCUAUAUUUUCAUAGUCGGUUCUAUUAUUUUAUGGUACUUCCUGUUAUUUGGCUAUGGUGGCGAUAAGAUUGGUGGCAGUGAAGGUGGUGGUGGAGGUAUUAUUCGGGGAGUAGCUGCCACAAAUGGUCAUGGAAAUCCAUUGGAAGGUCGUGAUUAUCAUCAUAUGGAAAGGGCGGGUCAUAUAAAAAGAGAUUUAAAUCACUGCUGGCGCCGUUACGAUGGCUAUAAUUUACAAAAUACAAUAGUCAAUAAAAAGGAACAACUUAAAAAGCCCUACGGUAUACUAUGUAAUUUUAAGUGCACCUGGUUUUUUACAAUAACGUAA